GACUGAACUGAACACUGACCCAAACGUUAAUAUGAUACUAACAUGGACUAAACAGGGGAGGUGACAAGCGGUCCGGGUUACCUCAGAUCAAUGUUCACGGUCAGGUGCAUUUUGAGAUCAUCAGCCUGGAGACACAGGAUCAGGCUGCAAAACAGGAUGUCCACUGCACCUCACUCAGUGGCUGCAGUGUGUCAGGUGACGGCCACCCCGGAUAAAGAGGCCAACUUCUCUGCCUGUAAACAGCUGGUGGAGGACGCCAAGGAGCGAGGGGCCAGCAUGGUCUUCCUGCCUGAGGGCUUUGACUACAUCGGGUCCAGUCGAGAGGAGACACUGUCACUGUCUGAGAGCCUGACAGGAGACACAAUCUCACGAUACACUCAGCUAGCUAGGAAGUUGCAGGUGUGGCUGUCUCUUGGAGGAUUUCAUGAACGAGGACAUGAAUGGGAGACUGACAGACGAAUCUACAACAGUCACAUCAUAAUUAAUGAUAAAGGUGACAUUGUUUCAGUCUAUAGGAAGUCCCAUUUGUUUGACGUGGAACUGCCAGAAAAAGGUGUAUCCCUCAAAGAAAGUGCCUUCACCAUCCCUGGACCCUCCCUUAUGUCUCCAGUCCAAACUCCCAUCGGCAAGGUUGGUUUGGGCAUCUGCUAUGAUCUGAGAUUCCCUGAGUUAUCGCUCGCUCUGCAACGGCAUGGGGCUGAGAUCCUGACAUACCCAUCAGCCUUCACUGUAGCAACAGGAGCCGCUCACUGGGAGGUGUUACUCCGUGCACGGGCAAUUGAGACCCAGUGCUUCGUAGUGGCGGCAGCACAGGUCGGUCGGCACCACGAGAAGCGCUCGUCGUACGGCCACGCCCUGGCGGUGGAUCCCUGGGGCGAGGUGCUGGGUGACUGUGGAGGCGAUAAUCCAGGCAUGAUGCUGGUGGAGAUCGACCUGGGAAAAGUCAGCAGCACUAGGAGAAACAUGCCGGUCCAACAGCACCGUAGAGACACUGGCUUCUACCACAGUCUGGAGAAGACUUGACUACAAGAGAAGUGGAAAUGUUAAAAGACAAUAGACUAAACAGGACGUGGUCUGUCAGUAAUAGAUUACAGAGGAGAUGAGCUAAAUAGGGUAUUAAAUUUGUGAAGUUGGAUUUCAAACACAUAACAGGUCUUCUCUUUGUGUCUCAGGUUGUUUUAGGUUUCUGUCAUGCUGAAUCAUGAGCACUUCAAAUGCCACGAUUAAUAAUAGAUCAAAAGGGAAUCAUUUUCAGCUUGUUUGAUCAAAAACAGCAGACUGAGAGGGUGAAAGCAUUAAAUUACUGUGUGAAGAAACAAGCAUACAUUGUUGUCAGGUGAAGCUUUUGUUGAUUUUGAAAAUUGAAAAAGAAAAUUGGUCCAGAUCUCCAGCCCAAGUCAUCCCACAUUAAUUUGUAAAGGCAAUACUCAUACUGAUCAAUAGAUGGCACUUUUGGCCAGUAAGAACUGGAGAAAAUGUUGUGAUACACAGUUUAAUUCUGAAAAAUUUUAUAGUAAUACAUUCCUGUUCCAAUAUACGUUGAUGAAGUGAUAUUGAAGAGGUGUGUGAAAAAUCACUUGCAGUUUUUUGCAGUAUUGUUUGAAAUAUUAUUGUGCUGAAAGGUUAAGUCAUGUUAUAAACUCAUAAAUCUGAAAAGUA